AUGUGCUUGACUUGGGCUGCAAAAGUGAGUGAAAGGAUGGAAAUGGACUCGUCUGCCGCAUGUGACGAGUCAGUGCGCUGCAUGUCGCAGAGCUCCUUCCUCACCUCACGUCGUCGUUCCUUCCAACUCCAUCCUCCUUCCUUCUCUUUGACCAGUACCUUACGACGGGACAACACCGACAGUGCGUGACAUGCAUCACACGACCAGACAUUGGCCAUUUUCCAAGCCGGUCGCGAUGGUAUCGGUGCCUUGCUGGGUAAGUCUUCCACAUCCACACCACGGUUUAAGGCCCGAAUCCGCAUGUCUAACACUUGUUUUCGGAUUUUAGGCUGGGCACUGCUCCGCCUUUCCCUCCAUCGCUCCAUCCUCCUCACACUGCGCAACAUCAUCCUGGCCUCCUUUCCCGCCGACCAACCCGUCACCUUCGAAAGGGUCAAGCAAUGCCGCUACCUCCACAACUUCCUCACGGAAACCAUGCGUCUCCACCCCACAGCCCCGAUCAAUGACCGCGUCGCAACCAAGGACACCACCCUCCCCGUCGGCGGCGGUCCCGACCAGAAAUCUCCCAUUGUGAUCCAAGAGGGCCAGACGGUCAUGUACUCCAUCCAUCUCAUGCAACGUCGCACGGAUCUCUGGGGCGAGGACGCCCUUGCGUUCCGCCCGGAACGCUGGUCGGAGAGGACGAUCCCCGCGUACCAUUUCGCCGCCUUCUCCGGCGGGCAGCGCGCGUGUCUAGGGCAGCAGUACGGUCUCAUGGAGGCGGCGUAUGUGUUGAUCCGGUCGCUGCAGCGGUACGAUGCCGUCGAGCCGGCCGACGCCAAGGAGAUGGCGAGGAUGCGGAAAUCGUUCGGCUUGUCAACGUGGCCCGCUGAUGGAGUCAAGGUGAGGUUUCAUAGAGCUUCGGACUAG